UACCUUACCAUGAUCGAAUAGAUCGGCAAUCCUCUCCAGGGCUGCACACCGAGCGUCCAAGAGACUGCUGUAAACACAAAGCUGCGGCCGAUCCCCCGGCAGGCUUACCACAGCUGCAGUCACGUGAUACACCCCUUCACGCCCGUGCACGGUCCCGUUAUAUGCUGGUAAAUUAACGAGCAAUAUGUCCGGGGUAAAAAGAACUAUGGACGAUAAGGAUCCUGACUAUGACGACAUAUCAAUGGUGCGGCAGAAUAAGCGGCACAAGGCGAUUGAGACCUCCGCUCGUGAUGCUGCCAUCUCCAAGAUAGAGUCCAUUGUGAAAGAGCAGUUUGCUAUUGAGCUGAAGAACAAGGAGCAUGAGAUUGAAAUCAUCGAUCAGCGCUUGACUGAAGCGAGAUGUAUGAUGGAUAAACUUCGUGCAUACAUUGUGGCCAAUUACUACGCCUCUGCUGGGGUCAGCAAAGCACAAGAGGCGACAUCUUCUUGUGAUCCUACCAUUUUGAACCAUCCAUCGAUAAAGAAGUUUAUAGAAUCCCCCUCUCGGGCUGCUUCUCCCGCAAACCACCGCUCUGAUACACCCUCUGCCAAUAAUUCAGAAACUGACUCGGUCUGCACCCAUAGUGAGUUGGAUAAAGACAACCAAGUUCUUAGCAAAGCAAUUCAUAAAGGGACUUCUCCAACGGACGUCAACCUUGUGAAGGAUGCUGCCUCAACAGAAAAUAUUAACGACAAAUCCACUGGGUUUGCAGGAUCUGAAGAUACAUCUCGACGUUUUGUGAAGAAAACUAUCGUAGUGGGAAAUGUCUCAAAGUAUAUUCCUCCAGACAAGCGAGAAGAAAAUGAUCAGUCAACUCACAAGUGGAUGAUUUAUGUGAGGGGGUCUAGAAAGGAACCAAGCAUUGAUCAUUUUGUGAAAAAGGUCUGGUUCUUUCUGCACCCGAGCUACAAGCCUAAUGACCUUGUUGAAGUCAGGGAGCCUCCUUUCCACUUGACACGCAGAGGUUGGGGUGAGUUUCCUGUAAGAGUCCAGAUACACUUUAAAGACAGCCAAAAUAAGAGGAUCGAUAUCAUUCAUAACCUGAAGCUGGACAGAACAUACACUGGUUUGCAGACACUGGGCGCUGAAACGGUUGUUGAAGUUGAACUUCUUAGACACUCCUUCGGAGAAGAUUACCUCUAUUCGCAGUCUUCUAAUGAAUCUAGUCAGUCUGAAGGAUCUGCGCCUGGACCUACCGCCAUCAAAUCUUCACCGCAGAAAGCGAGUCAUGAGUUAACAGAAAAAGGAUAUGGAGCACCAGAUCCCACAUUUUACACUCAACCCUCAUCACUUGAGCGUACACCAACAAAAAUGACUCAGAGAUUCACUAUUGGAGCACAUGGCAGCACCGCUUUCCAACCUAUUACUGCCAGCUGUAAAAUUGUUCCUCAGGGUCAAGCAACAAGCUUGGCUGAAUCGCCUGGGAAAUCUUUCCAGCCAAUUACAAUGAGCUGCAAAAUUGUAUCUGGUAGUCCUACAAGCAACUACUCCAAUGUAUCUCAAGCCGGGACACGCUCCCCUUUGCCCAAGAUUCAAGGCAGCAGUUUCAUAACUCAAAAUAUAAAGCAGGAGGAGUCUCUUUUUGCAGCAAUGCCUCCACUUUGUCCUAUUGGAAGUCAUUCUAAGGCUCAGAGCCCAAAACCAGUGGCAGGAGGACUUGGUGCUUUCACAAAGGUGAUCAUUAAACAAGAGCCAAUUGAAACUUCUCAACAGCAAGAAACUCCUUCAACUUCUCAGCCGUCUCUACCGCAAAUUGUUACUGUGAAAGGUAACCAAAUGAUUGCUGUUUCACCCCAGAAAACCAUAAAUACUGCAGAGGGAUCUAAGGUUGUUGGCAUUCCUGUUGGGUCGUCUGCCCAGGCCUCAAUUAAACCUUCUGUAACUAUCAGUGGUGGCCAGAUACUUGUUGCCAAAUCCAGCUCUUCAGCUGCCAAAGCUGUGGGAACAAAGCAGAUUGUUGCUCAAGGGGUAGCAAAAGCUGUUGUAACCAGUGGAAGUGCCAAUGUGUUAGCCCAAGCCACACAAAACAUAUCUAAAACACCAGUCGCAUCUGCUGUAACAACAAAAACUGGAUCCCAAGGCUCAGUUAUGGCAACCUUACAGUUGCCAUCAACAAAUUUGGGUAAUUUGGCAAAUCUCCCACCGGGAACCAAACUGUACCUAACCACCAACAGCAAGAAUACAUCUGGUAAAGGAAAACUUCUGCUUAUACCCCAAGGGGCAAUUCUGAGAGCUGCUAACACUGCCAAUCUCCAGUCGGGCGCAUCUUCAAGUGGCGGCUCAAGCACGGGAAAUACUGCUUCUGGAUUACCCCAGCACCUCACAUACACAUCCUAUAUUCUAAAACAGACUCCUCAGGGAACAUUUUUAGUUGGUCAGCCAUCUGCACAGAUAUCAGGAAAGCAAGCCACCUCCAGCGUGACAGCUCCGGGAAGUGUGGGAGCUUCAGCGCAGGGACAGCAAACUUUGAAAUUAAGCUCUGGACAGAAAGGCGCCAUUAUUACACAGGCAAACAGUAGUACACCUGGAUUGGUAAAAAUAUCUGAAAAUGUACUAAAGUCUUUGCCAGUGACAUCUCAGACACAGAAGCCUGGUACAACACUACUAAGGGUUGCAGGUGGUGUUAUAACUGCAAGUACCACAUCAUUACCAUCCGUGUCUGCAAAUGGACCUGCGCAACAGGUUACCGAAGGUUCAAGCCCCUCUGUGCCACCUGCCGCGUCAUCCAGUAAAAUUCCUGUACAGCAACCCACGGCGGCACAGACCAGCAGCCUGGUGAAGCUAGUGGGGAGCAGUAAAUCUGGUGCAUUGCCAGUCCCAGUACUCCCAUCGAGAGGCACACUUAGCCCAGUCCCCAGCACUGCUGUUCCAACAGUUAAAUCAGAUCCAGACUCCAGUAACACAUUGUAUCCCAUUGGUUCUCCAGCAGUGAAAUUAGAGGAGAACAUGGAAUCGGAACCCAGCUCCGUAAAGACGGAGCAUCUUCAGAACUUCAAGCAGCUGCUGACUGCGACUGUAAAGAAGGUUCCACUUAUAGGGGAAAGAGAUGAAGAUGGCAGCAAUCCAUUCUGUGCAAGCUCUCUGGAGCAAUAUUACAGUUGGCACAUUGGAAAAAGGAGAGCAUCGGAGUGGCAACGAGCUGUUUCCAUGAAGAAGAUGCUACAAGAAAUCAUAGAGACGCAAGCAAAAUUUAGUAAUUUUACUCCUUUAAAAACCAAGGAAAUUGUACAUUGGUGUCGGAUGCAUGGUUACACGCCCCCGGAUCCUGAGAAUGCCAGUGAUGAGCGUGAAUCUUUUGAAGAUGUGCUGACUCGUAUAGAUAAUGAGGCAGCUUUACCCUCCUCCUAUUCCUCCCCCGGCGCUCUCUGUCAAAAGAUUGAGGAACUAGAGAAGAUUCUUAAAAAGGAUAGAGAAGUGGAAGAGCACGUUGAUAUCCUCAGUAUUGAAGUUGAGAGCAAACCUCAGAUUAAAAAAGAAAAUGAAGAAGGAGAUAAUGUCAAAUUUUACUUGACCCCGAGCUUGCCGAGUGAGUUUAUCAGAGACACCGCACAAGAGAUUGGCGUUUCAUUACAGCCAGUGGAAAUCCACAAAAAUGUCUACGCCUCUCCAGUAGAAGAAAUGAUUUUAAAGGCCACAGGGCAGUUUGUUAGUGACUUACUACGAGAUGCUUUAGCGGUGGGAUAUCAGAUGACCUCUAGCAAACGAGCACCAAGAGAAAUCAGCGUUGCCAACAUUCAUCAAGCAAUUUGUAAUAUUCCUCUAUUUGACUUCCUCACAAACAAGCACCUGGGGGCCUCACAAGUGGAUGAUGCAUUGCCAUUAAAAUAGAAUAUCUCACACUAACGAGCAGUAUUUUUAUAGGGUAGAGGUAUAUGUUAUUUUUUGGUUUAGUGCUUUUGUGUCACACAGGAUGAAGGUGUACAACUCCCAUCUAUGUAUAUAUUUGAGUGCGUCUAUUCAGCAGGAAAUAAACUCACUUCUCUGGUA